ACUGAUGUUAUGCAUUAAAUAUUCUAAUAGGCAGAUUUCCAACCAGAUCAACAAUAUUCCAGACAAGACUUCCUGGAAUACUUGAAUUCUUUGGUACUAAAACUUCCUAACCAAUAGAUAAAUGAUUAAUUCCCCUUUGAAUUAAUAGAAUCCGUCGAUCAAGAUUAUUCAACCCAAAUCAACCUACUCACUGUCGAUGACUUUGUGAACCUCAUUCUCUAAGAAUUUAGCACUCAACUCCAAAUCAAGCAAGAUGCAAUCAAUCAGAUUGAAACAUACAAAAAUGAAUAUAAACAACUCCUAGAGGAAUUGAAAAUAGCUAAAAAGGAAGAAAAUCUAAAUGAAUAAAUCGACAUUGACAGUACUCUUUUCAUAACAGUUUGUUCUGCAGAAUGCUUGAAGCAAUCCCAGUAUUUUGUCACUAUUACACUUUUCAAUGAAGAAAAGAAUACUCAGCUAUCUUAGAUAACUAACCACCCCAUGUGGCAAGAAGAAUUCAAACUGUAAAACAUUCCAAAACUAUGUAGAAUAGUCAUGUAUCCUCACCUUACGGCUAAAUUAUCGUUGAGUUAUUCAAUUCAUCUCAAAUCUUGGUUGGCUAAUUGAAAUUGCCACUCUAUCAAUUCAAAGAUUAGUAGAGUUCCAAUCAGGACUACCUAUUGGAAGAUGAGCACGGAGUGUUAAUAAACACUAAAUUAAAACUGAAUUUAACUAUUUGGUGGAUUCAUAGCAAAGUUGCUUUGUUGGAAGAUCAAAUUAGUUUUAUUGAUGAGUAUAAAAAAGAAAUUAAACAAUAACAAGACAUAAUUAAAAAAAGCAAUCAUUUCAUUGAUAGCUGUCUUUCGGCAUUUGAUAAAUCAAGAAUUGCCAAAUUACAUCAACAUCCUUAAGAAGUUAAUUAAGAACCUGACUUCUAUGAUGAAUCAGAAUGGACAAUCAAAUUUCAGAAUACAAUGUAUUAGAUUGCAAAACAAUUUAAAAGUAUGUAACUGCAUAAUUACAUGUAGAUGAACACCAAGACAGUCUUGAAGAGUGGUAAUAGAUUGUGUUAUUACUCAAUGGAUUUGUAAUUAUUUUUACUCUUCUGUUGAUUUCCAUGUCUAGACCAUGCUUCUAACAAUUAACAACAUCCUUGUUAAUUGGAAUGUUAAUCAUUAAUUAUGAUUCUGAUCAUAUUAAAACAUCGAAGAUUUUACCUCAAGUCUCCUUGAUUUUAUUAAUCUAAUGCAUUUUUGAUGUUUUUUGGUUGAUUGUUAAUUAUGUAUAAUUUAUAUAAUAGAUACUAGAAAGUUUGGUGGAGUAGUACAUUGAUUUUUGAAUAGCAACUGUUUGGUAGUAAUAUUAUGAAUUACAUCUCAUAUUAUUGUACCUUAGUUAUUUUACCCAUCAAUUUAGUUUUGUC